GUGUUAUUUUUUUAGCGCCUUUAUAAACAAUAACAAAAACAAACAUUUUAUUAUUAAAUCCAUUAAAUCACCGAUUUUAUUUAGUUUUCUGCUUCUACAAAAAGCUGAUUAGAGUGUAUUUUAUCAAAAUCAAAUGGAGAAGCUCCUGAAGAAUUGCCUAGACACCUUGUACUUGCCACCGUUUCUCAACAAAUCCGGCGUUUAUUAUGCAACGAGUCGCAAUGGUUGCUACUGCACGAGAUCACGGUGCAAUUGCCUCCAACAUCAGUCGCAGCAGCAGAAGCUGGAGGAGCGACGAGAGAGUAGUGCUGCUGCCUCUGCAAAGAUGAAGAUGUGGGAUUUGGAGCGGAGGAACUUUACAGAUCAACGGCAAAUGUAUGAGGAUUGCCAUGAGAAGCGUUUGCUGAGAACAUCCAGGAAUGAUAUGGGAAUCUUUGUGCCGUCUGUUGCAGCAGGAGGCGGCAGCAGUGAGGCAGAAUGUUGGGAUGACAAUGCUAUACUCGACAGUGAAUUGGACAUUGACACACUGUAUGAGUUGUGUGAGUUCCGGGAGAGGAAUGCCACAGAGUGCAUGGGCUUGUCGAAUCGUUUGCGAUUUCGACGGAAGAAUCGUCCAAGUAAAUUUGGUGUAGGUCACAAAUGCCUCCACAGGUAUCGUGUUGAUGAGAAACUCCAACCCAUGCCGAGAUUAGCAAAUGCCCGUGGAGAGAGUUUGUGUGAAAUUUGCGGUGGUAUUUCCAAAUACCUCCGUGAGCAUACAGUUGAUGAAAUUAUCAGCAGAGAUCCUCACAUGGGUGACAAGGAGGCACCUGUAGUUGUACUCGAAAUGCCCACCGUGUGAAUCUUCUUGAACUUCCACCUGUCCAGGGAGAGCCUUGAGGUGUGGACAACACGGCAAUUGGGCAUUUUUUCCGGUGGAAUUUCACACAUUUCAACGCGACACGGUGAAGCAAUGUACAGAGAGAGUGAGAAAAAAAUCAUUUGGCUUACAAAAAAGUGCAAGCACCGCCACAACACACAGAGAGGCUCCUGACCAAUGUGCUAAGGUUGAAAAUAUGCUCCGCGGGGGGAUUUGUUUGGGGCAAUGCUGUGAAUGAAUUGCGUGUAUUGUUGACCAACGACGUAGUCCAUAUAAAUAGUGUGGACAGCCUUUGGGGGAGAAACAGUCUGCAACAGCCACCUGAUCACGAAGGUGCCAACAUCGUUUCCACCACUUCACCAGCAGCAGUAGCAGCAGCAGCAGCAUACUUUUGCAACAUAUUAAAGUAAAGAAAAAAAUAACGUUUUAAAGUGAAAAGGCCAGAGGUGUGAACUUUUGUGUCCAUUCAACACUCGCUGCAAUCUUCCAAUGAUUUUGUCGUAGAUUAUUAUCUUGCUGAAGAGCUGCAGAGAGUAAAAGUGAUAGUUUUUUAUUUUAUAUUAUUAAUUUAAUAAUUUAUCGUGAGAGGAAAAACACAGAGUGAAAUAAUUGCAAUAAUAAUAUUAAGUAAUAUCACAGAGAGAAAAAAAAAAGUUUUAAAGUGCGUGUGUGUUGACGACGAGAGAGAGAUAAAGAAACGAAGAGAUUUCACCCAAAAAUAAAAGCUAAAAUAAGGAAGGAAAGAUGCAUAAAUCAAACAGUUUUAUUUUGUUAACAGUAAUUGGAUUAACACUGGGCAAAGAGUUGCCGGAUGGGUUCAAGAGGUGUCGAAGGAAUGACCCCAAAUUGGGACAAUGCCUCAUGCAGGCUGUUACAGAUGUCCUCCCACAGAUGAAGAAUGGUCUUCCAGACUUUGGGAUUCCCUCAAUUGAUCCCUUGGCUAUCAAUGCUCUCACCAUUCAGCAGGGAAAGAAUUCCCCAAUUAAUCUCAAGCAGGACUUCAAGAAUAUCCAACUGUCGGGCAUUUCAGAGACACGACUAACAAAGUACAAUCCCGAUCUCAAUAACUACAUCCUCCGGUGCGAUGGAUUGACACCACGCGUGGACUUUGUGGGUGACUACACGAUGGAUGGGCGAAUUCUUUUGCUGCCAAUUACCGGAAAGGGCAAGGCGAAUAUCACAAUGGUCGGCCUGAAGACUGUGCAUGAACUCAUCGGUGAGCCAAUUAAGAAGAAAGGCGAGGUGUACAUACGCUUCAAGGAGUACAACAUAAAAUUGCUGCCGAAACGAGUUUACCUCAACUUUGAGAAUUUAUUCAAUGGGGACAAAGUGCUCGGGGAAAAUAUGAAUAGGUUUAUGAAUGAAAAUUGGGAAUUGAUCUUCAAUGAGCUCAAAGGUGGCUACGAGGAUACCUUUAGCUACGUCUUCAAGGAUGUCACCAAUAAAAUUUUCACCAAAGUUCCCAUGAAUAAGAUUUUCCUUCUUGAUGAGUGAAUCUUGUGCUAUUUUUGUUUUUUAGUUGUAAUAAAAAGCAAAAAUAGAAGAAGAAUAUUGUACGUUCAGCCCCGAAUUAGAAUUAAAUAAUAUUUUCUCUUUAAGUGUACAUAAUUUUUUUUUAAAUGCUUUUUCAUGAGUUGUGAAGGAAAGAUAAAAUAAAAAAAAAUACAUAAAAAAGAA